AUGGGUCGAGUGAGUGCCAAAAGGAAGCUCAAGCAGUGCGACCCGUUCUUCAAAGGUAAGCGCGACAAUGGCAAGAAGGAGAAGUCAUUCGACCUACCUCCAGCCGAGUCCAAGCGCUCCAAGAAGCGCCGGCGCAAGAUGCUGAGCGACGAGGCCAUGGAGCAGUAUGUCAUGCGCUCUUCUGAGGUGGACGGAGACGGCGCUGCAGCCCAUUCUAACAAGAGGCAGAAACUGCAGAUCGGAUCAAUUAAGGAGGGAGAGUCAAUGCGUGACUUCAACAAACGCAUCAGCACGGAGGUCAAGCGCGUCAUCUACGAUGCGGCCAAGCAGGGUCGACGUAGCAGUGAGAAGCGCAAAGCCUUCCUGGCAAAGAAGAAAGAGAAGGCGCGCGAUAAGAAGAUGACAGAUCAGGAGCGCUACGAACGUGACUACCAAAGCACUGGCAACACGAAGAAGGAUUACUUCGAGGACGCAGCGCCCGUGCGCUUUGGCGAGCGUGUGGACGCUCCGCCGAUCAUGCCCAAGCUAUCGGGUAUCUUCAAGAAGCGCGCACAACAGCUAGAGCGCGAGAAGAACAAGGCGGAGAAGAAGAAUUCGCUGGCAGCUGGGGCUCGAGUGAUCAAGCGAGCGAGGAAGUAG